CCAUAGUGGCGGUGGAGGUUCACAUACCGCCGAGUGAAGCGCUCAGCCCGGGCCUGGAGUAGGAGCUGCCUCGUUUCGCCUGUGUUCGCUCGGCUGGCAGUGGAGGCUGCGCACCGGGGGUUUGGGUGGAGUUCGUACCCGGUCCGAGGAAUGUGACGCACGGACGGAAGGAGACGCACAUCGGCGGUUUCACCGGAGAAAGCAAUACCUGUUGGGAAAAAAACAAACAAGCAACAACAAGACGAGACGAGACAAGUUCUGCAGCAGAGUUAGGAGGUUCAAAUUCCUCCUCCCUCACCUCUCUUCACCCCUGAGCCCUAGCCUUUGAUCCCACUCUUCUCUUCAACCAUGGCGCACAGAUCUCAGAGUUCAUCGAUUGGUGAUAACCCUCUUGACCCAAACUACCUGCCCCCACACUAUCGUGAGGAGUACCGUCUAGCUAUUGAUGCUCUGAUAGAAAACGACAUACAGGGCUACUAUGAGUUCCUCCAGAUGGCAGAUGUGGUCAGUUUCCUGGCACAGCCAGAAAUUGAACUCAUCAAAUCCACAAUCCAGGUACCCAAUCGAACCUCCGGUGUGCCAGAGCUGACGUACCAGGAGGGAGGUUAUGAGGCUGAUGGCUCCUCCGACACCUACUGGCCGGUGCAGUCCGACCUGGCUGCCCCAGGGCUGGACCUUGGCUGGCCGCUGCCACAGCACAGCUUUGUUGGGCCCACAGAGGUCACUACUCUGGUCAAUCCCUCCGACCCAGACAUGCCUAGCAUCAAGGAGCAAGCUAGGAGACUUAUCAAGAAUGCACGUCAAGUUAUUGCUGUGGUGAUGGAUAUGUUCACAGAUGUUGACAUUUUUGCUGACCUCUUGGAUGCAGCAACACGCCACGUCCCUGUUUACAUUCUACUCGAUGAACACGAAGCCCAUCACUUUGUGUCUAUGGUCAUCAACUGCAAAGUCAACUUGGACUUAAUUCCUAUGAUGCGUGUCAGGACUGUGGCAGGAAUACCCUAUUAUUCCCGGACGGGAAAGUCAUUCAAGGGACAGGUGAAAGAUCGUUUCCUACUCUCUGACUGCAGGGCUGUACUCAGUGGGAACUAUAGUUUCAUGUGGUCCUACGAGAAGAUCCACCGCUGCAUCGCCCACCUCUUCCUUGGGGAGUUGGUUGCCACCUUUGAUGAAGAGUUUCGCAUUCUCUUUGCUCAGUCAGAGCCUCUAGUCGUUGACCCCUCAGAUGGAGCACUUGCUAUCUCUGACACCAGCAGCACCAGCAGUUACGUAAGCAGCCAGUUUGGGUUGAAGAGGACCCAGUCUUUGCGUAACCCCAUAGGAUACCGCAGGCAACCUGAGAUUCCCUCUGCCUUCCCCUAUGGAGACUCUGAUCGUAACCUUGCACUUCCUUUCCGGAGGAAUGACCCAUAUCGUCACACCAUUGAACCUGGGGCAGGAAUUACAAUUGGAAAAUUUUCCCAGCAACAGUUUCGUCUGCAGCAAUCCUUCCUGGAGCAGGGAAGAUCCAUAGUAUCCAGGCAGAUGGAGAUCAGUGGCAGUGCGUUCAAGAGGCACAGCUAUGCAGAGGGAACCCAGGAAAACUACACAUCAUCAAGGCAAUACAUGAAGCACAGAGUCAUGAAUAAUCUGGAAGAGACAGACUUCCAAAGGGAGCAGAUCCAAAGUAGCCAUUUCUACAGUGAAGGGCCUGGGCCAGGUUCUGGCCAUGGACACUAUGACAGACUUCGAGGUCAUCCUCCACACCUCUCCAUUGACCAGUAUUCAGACUCAAGCUUUCGCUCAGAACUGGAGCCUCCUCCUGGUCGAGAUUACCUUUCAUCUGAGGAUUUGAUAGGACCUGAGGGGCACCAAGCACCUCCAUUACCUGGGAGAUAUGGAGGAGGAUCCUCCCAUAAGAGGCCAACCAUAGGUCAGGCAUAUGCCUGCCAGAGCUCACCCACACAGCCCCAUCCACCAGAGAAGAAACAGUUUCUCAAACAAUCUGAUCAAGAGUAUGAUCAAGAUGCAAGUGUUAAGCAAGGCCUGAGGAGUUGGAGAAUCAACUCCUAUCUUAGCACAUAUGAGGACGGUGGAGAAGAAGGUCUGACGCAGCCUAUGGGGACUGAUGCAUUUGAAGAUCCUCCACCAUCUCAGCAGCUUAGUGCUGCUGAAACUUCAGCUACUCGCUUUGGAAAACCUAAUGUUCCACCAAAGCCCAGACCAGAUUUCACAAGACCACGCUUUGGAAAGCCCAAAUUGCCUGAGAGCAGCAAUAAAGACUCUGCUCCAACAACUAAGGAUCUGCUGUCCUCAGGCAGUGGCUUGAAGUCAUUUUUACUGGACAAAAAAGAGGGGGAAGUGGAGAAGGAAUGGGAGAGAGAACUAGAGAGGGGCAAAGCAAAGGAGACGGAUGUGGAGGUGAAAGAGGGUCCAGAUUACUUGCUGUCAAAACAUGAAUCAUUCCGUAGUCGCAUUAACCCACUUCUUCAACGUAGCUCUCGUCUACGUUCCUCACUUAUAUUCUCAUCUUCCAAGGCAGAGAUACACAGUGGUAGUGUUGGAUUAAAAGCAGCCACAGAGGAAGAUGAGGAGUUAGACACAGUUCGCACUUCCUCAAUUGUGGCCCAGAUCCUAGAAAAGAGGAGGUCAUUGACUCGUGAGCCUUUUGAGUGGAGAAAGAAGACUGAAGACAAAGAUAAGGAGAAAGAAAAGGACAAGGAGAAAGACAAAGAAGAAAAAGAGAAGGAGAAAGAGUGUCAGCAAAAGGAAAAGGAGAUGGGAUUGAAAGAUGACAUUAAAGUAAAGGAUGAAUCUCAGAAAACUAACACGGAGGUAAAGACAACAACUGUUGAAAAAUGUGAAGGCACAACAUCAUCAUCUCUGAACAUGAAUGACCCAGCCAGUCGACUGCAGUAUUUCAAAGAUCUUGCUGCCAAGAGAAAAGCCUCAAAAAUGGACAUAGAGUCAUCGUUAAAAAUCCCAGAGCCUGCUGAAAAAAAACCAGACCUCUCUGAUAAACCUCUCAAAACUACAACGAAUCCAAAGAACUCAACUGUCUCUGUCGGUUUAACAGAACCUGAACCAAAGAAGACAGACAUCUCUGCAAAACUGGCAGAGCUGACUCGCAGACCUUCAUUUAGUUCCUCAAAACCACCAAUAAACUAUGCCAAGCCUUCUGUGAGUAACCUGAAACCUUCAGAGACAUCUCAACCUCAUAAAGAGGAGAAUGCCUCAGAGGGUCUAAAGAAGGAUAUAUUCAAGUCUCUAAAGCCUAUUCCUUCACCUAAGCUCUUCAAGAGGGAUCAGCUUAAGCUCAAAGGACUGAAUCCUCGUCGCAUCUCCUGUGAUGAUGAAAUUCUGACCACAGAUGCUACAGAUGCAGAGAAGAGUGAACUGAAAAAGAGCCGCUCUCACAGUUCUUCAACUCUGUCACGUGAUGAAUCUAAGGCAGGACAGAAAAUGAUGGGAUCUAAUACAUCCAUCAACACACUCGGUGAGGGAAAGGGUGAGGGUAAGGCACUCGACUUCUUAAAGAAGCAGACUCAGAAGCUAAAGGGAAUCCUUGGGCCUAAGGAUAAAGAAAAGAAAUCUUCUGGAGAUGAUAGGGGCAUGAGCAUGGUCAAAGAGAUCACUGAAGAUUCAAUCAAAAAGCAGAGUUCAUCAGCUAAAGAUACCAGCGCUAGCACUACCGACCAAACUACAGCCAAUCAUAAGUCAGCGACCGGGACGUCAGGCCCGUCUCGAUACCAGCCCCCGGGCAGCUCUGUUUUGUUCAGUAGCAACCUACGAGAUGACACCAAAGUCAUUCUGGAGCAGAUCUCGGCCAACAGCCAGAAAAACCGACUGGAGAGGGAUGAAACAGGGGGAGACAGAGAUAGUGACACCGGGGAGAAGGGGCUUGAGAGACAGAACUCCAUAAAAAAGAAUCGAUUUCUGCGACCACAGGGCAACAUCCAGGAGCGUGAGGGAUUGCUGAAGAGGAUAGAGAGCAUGAGGAAGGAGAAGAAGGUCUACAGCCGCUUUGAGAUGGGGAAUAGCCUGGGUUAACGAAAGACGGAGGAGCGGCCUUUUAAAUGGAAACUAUUUAUGCAAGAUGAUCAAAAAGACCCAUUGUCCACAUGUGCCAGCGACACUAUCCAAGUACCUCUGGGUACUGCAACACUGCAGCCUUUCCUGGAUUUUCACAUUGAGUAAUAAAACUUGAAAAGACUAUAUAUAUAAUUAUAUAUAUAUAAAUGCAAACUAACAAACUUAAGUCAUUGAGUUUGGAAUGUGCCCAUUUGCCAAGACCUGCUACUACUUUUUCCUUAUAUGGUGAGAGAGAAGAGUGACUCUACUUGCAUACUGGCUGCAUUGGCUGAUGUUUCACCAACCAGAAAAAGGGAGGGCAGUUUACCUAUAACUGAGCUUGUAUGAACGUGACUGAGGGAGUUAGAAGAUAAGAGAAAGACAGUACAUGUUACACCUAGGGGAAAGAAAAUAAGAUACACGCCAGUCAAAAAAACAUGGCAGUAAAUGACUGCACAUGUCUAGUACCAGUGUUGUCUGUUUCUGCAAGUGAGUGGGUAACUAGGACUUGUUUAAAGUUAAACACAAGACAGUGUCCUUGGGGAUUCACUGUGUGCCAAUUGCCCACUGGGGGCAUUACCAAAGCUAGAGGGACUAUUAUUAACCCAGCCCAGAAAGCAAAGAUGAGGAUAUGAAGAUAAAGAGAAUGAGUGUUGAUGACAGGUGAAUAUUUAAGGGCAAGUCUGUGAAAUUAUAGGAAGAGAUACAAAAUAGAAUCAGCAGAUGAAAAAAUGUGUUUCCUAAUGUGUAAUUCUGAUGUUAAGGCAGCACCAGUAGAGUUUUGGUUGAAAGUAGAGCCUCUAGUGAACUUUACCCUCUCAAAGGAGUGUUAUGUACCUUUUUAUUAAGGCGUGGAUCCACUUCUCAGGGUUGACAAUGUCAAGUAACCAUUCAGAGAGGGGGACUAAUGUUGGGACUAUGUUCAGAGGAGUGGAGUUAAAAACAAUUAUAUGUACAACUGUUUGUCUUAUGCAAUGUUGACCUGAAUCACUGUAAAAAAGAAAAAAGAAAAAGAAAAAAAAAAAAAGGACAAUUUUUACGUGACUAAGAAUUGUGCCCCUGUUUCUCUCUCCUUCCUGGACUUUUGAAUUAGUCAUCACCUCGUAAGAAAAGGAAUAGUAAAACGAUAGGUACAUUUUGCAUACUGGAGCAGGGCCAUGCCUCCUUACAUAAGGCAUUUAACUUCUGAGAACUACGCCCUACACAGGACUUCUAUCUCCUUUGUUAGCCUGUAAAUACCAUGGAACCAAAGAUUUUAUUAUAUGAUAGAGUUCCCAGGCUGCUUGACAGCUCAACUGAACAUCAAACCAUUUAAUGUUUAGUGUUUUUUCGUACAGUACAUCAAAAGAACACUUCAGGGGUUACACUGUUUUCUAUACAAGGUUAUAUGUAUAUAUUUAUGUAAAAAAGGUCUUGUUGACAAUAUAAGUAACAAAUUUGAUUAUGAUCACCCUCACUGUACUAUCAACGUGCCUUAUCUCCAUUUUUAUAAGUAUGUGGUCUUGGCUGUAAAAAGUAAUUGGCAUUAAUUAAGGGGGAAUCAGUUCCACAGGGUAAAUGUCUUAUUUUUAAAAACCUAAAAUAGUAUUACAUUGUAUUUGAACUACUGCAACAAGUGUUUUAUUAAAUCUCUUAAAACCGAA